UUGACCUACAAUGAUGUGCAUGUGAACUUUACUCAAGAAGAAUGGGCUUUGCUGGAUACUUCCCAAAGGAAUCUUUAUAAAGAUGUGAUGCUGGAGACCUACAGGAACCUCACUGCUAUAGGUGUAAAAAGAGUCAUUCUGGAGAGAACCCCUCUGAAGAUAUUCAAUAUAGUGAAGUCAACCCCUCGGAAGAUAUUCAAUAUAGUGAAGUCUUUGUACAUCACAGUAGUCCUCCCACAUAUAAAAGAAAGCAUACUAGUGAGGAUCGCUAUGAAUGUAACCAAUAUGCCUUUGCACAGAAUAGUCAUCUCCUCCUACAUAAAAGAACUCACACUGGAGAGAAACCUUAUGAAUGUAACCAAUGUGAAGAGUAAAGGCUUUAGUGAGCAAUCUAUUAAAGCCUUUGCAUAUCACAGUAGUCUUUGA